AUGAGUGCCGAACCAACUUCUACUUUAGUUCCUCUUGGAUCGAAUGGAGAUGCUGGAUCUAGCACUUCAACUUCUGGUCUAGAUUUAGUUGGUCUUGAUUCACUUUCAGCUGAGGGCGAGACGUUGGUCGAAGACUACUCACGAAUCAAGGAUGAUGUCAAUGAAGUAAAAAGAGUGUGCAGUUUGCUAGGUGGCGCGAUUACUAAUCGAAAAAACUUGAUGGGCAAGUUGGAAAGAGAGAUCGAGGAGCUGAAAUCUGAAUUCGAAGGGAAAGAAGAAGCAGACUACCAGAAGAACCAUUUAAAGCUUGUCGAGGAGAUUGACGAAAUAAAAUCCGAAGUUGAAGAUCUCCAAAACCAGAAAAUUAAAGCCGAAUCAGACCUUGAUGAGUUACUGAUAUACCUGGUGGAGGCAGAAGUAGAUCUUAUAAAAUACUUUUUCGGAGAUAUUCCAGAUAGUCAGAUGGAUGAUGCUCGCAGGGAACUUGGUUCAAAUUCUGUCAUUGCAAAUCAUAUUACCAAAUUCAAUAACUCCCCUUCUAGUAUGACUUAG